CCACCGCGUAUCGCUGGUUUUACUCGAAGGCGAGAGGCGUUCAUGAAAAAUAGCGAGGUAGUUUUUGAACGUUGCAGAGGUUUGUAAAUCCUGUUGCUGCAGCUAGUUGCUAGUUCAUGUCAAAGCCGCCCAGCUAUAGACCCAUCCCCUCUAGUCAGGCAGCGGUUCGAGGCGUCCAGGUUUCCACCCCUCCUCCGCCGACUGGUGUGACAACAGCACAGCGAGGGACUAAAUCGGGGAAUGGCUCCUGUCGCUUCUGACACGCGUGUUUCGAAAGCGCCGUGUUUUCCGCCUCCAUCGGCCACGGCUACUUCCUGGUGCCACAGCGAGAGGCAGUGCUGAGUUGAGGAGACACAAAUCUUGAUAGAUAGAGGAGAGGGAGGGAGAGAGAGCGAGAGAGAAAAAGAGAGAGAGGGGGGCCGGAGAUAGCAACGUUUGGCUACAUUCACGGACAUUACAAAAGCCUCCCCUUCUCUCUUUUUUUAUUUUUAGUUUUUUUUUUUUUUUUGAAAACACGUCUCGGUCUUCCCCCCUUUCUCUCGGCUGCUUCGUCAACUACCAGUCGGAUUGGAUGACGCUCGGCUGCGGCUAAAAGCGGAAUCGUAACGGGGGACGGAUUCCUCCCUUUCUCGAGAAGCGUUUCGAGAGAUUGUUCUUUUUAAAAUUAUUAUUAUUUAAAAAAAAACACUCGACCCAUUCCGUCACCAUUUUAAAACCACAUCCCGGGCGUUGUAUUUUCUGUUUUGUCGGCGAAGGAAGGGCUUAUUUUCGGGGGCGACGGAAGAUGGGUUGUUUGGGCAACAGCAAGACUGAAGACCAACGCAUCGACGAGAAGGCUCAGCGAGAGGCGAAUAAAAAGAUCGAGAAACAGUUGCAGAAGGAGCGACAAGCGUACAAAGCCACACACAGGCUCUUAUUACUCGGUGCUGGGGAGUCCGGAAAGAGCACCAUAGUGAAGCAGAUGAAGAUUCUCCACGUCAACGGCUUCAACGCAGAGGAAAAGAAACAGAAAAUCCAGGACAUCCGGAAAAACGUCAAGGAUGCCAUAGUGACGAUAGUGUCGGCGAUGAGCACUUUAAUACCCCCUGUCCCGCUAGCCAACCCAGAGGACCAAUUCAGGAUCGAUUACAUCAAGAGCAUAGCACCUCUCUCUGACUUUGACUACUCACAGCCUUUGACGGGACUCCAAAGAUGGUGGCCCUGUCAGCAACCUGAUGCGUUUUCAGUGGCUAGCGCCAUCUUGGGGGAGGAGUUUUUUGACCAUGCAAAGAAGCUGUGGGACGAUGAAGGGGUAAAGGCGUGCUUCGAGAGGUCCAACGAGUACCAGCUGAUCGACUGCGCACAAUAUUUCCUUGACAGAAUCGACUCGGUAAGACAGAGCGACUACACGCCUACAGACCAGGACCUGCUACGCUGCCGAGUGUUAACUUCAGGGAUUUUUGAGACGAGGUUCCAAGUAGACAAAGUCAACUUUCACAUGUUUGAUGUUGGCGGCCAGCGGGACGAGAGGAGAAAAUGGAUCCAGUGCUUUAACGAUGUCACGGCCAUCAUCUUUGUGGUGGCGAGCAGCAGCUACAACAUGGUAAUAAGGGAAGACAACAACACCAACCGGCUACGAGAAGCUCUCGACCUCUUCCGCAGUAUUUGGAACAACAGGUGGUUACGCACCAUCUCAGUCAUCUUGUUCCUCAACAAGCAGGACAUGCUCGCCGAGAAGGUAUUAGCUGGAAAAUCCAAAAUUGAAGACUACUUCCCCGAAUACGCUCGCUACACCAUACCAAAUGAAGCAACUCCUGAGCCCGGCGAGGACCCGAGAGUGACGAGAGCAAAGUUCUUCAUCCGAGACGAGUUUCUUCGGAUCAGCACGGCGAGCGGCGACGGUCGCCACUAUUGCUACCCGCACUUCACCUGCGCCGUGGACACGGAGAACAUCCGGCGGGUGUUCAACGACUGCCGGGACAUCAUCCAGAGAAUGCACCUGCGGCAGUAUGAACUCUUGUGAUGAGACCUCCUCCCGAGGACCAUCAAGUACUACUGAAGUGUGUCAAAUCCUCCUCCUCUUUUUCUUUUUUUCCUUUCACUUUUUGGAUUCCUCUGCGACGAGAAGAUUCGAUUGAUUCCUUUGAUGUUUUUUCCCCCCUUUUUUUUUUAAGUUGUAUUUUUUAUUUUAUCAUUCCACUAAGCUUCAGGCUACCUCCUUUCCUUUAUCCCCCCUGUCUUUUUCGGAUACAUGAAGACACCUAUAGCACCUCAGUGUAGAGUGUGCGUGCGUUAGCGCCCUCCUCCAUGCGAAUGAAGAGAUAAAUGCACUUUGCUUCAGGUUCCUUUUUUUUUUCUUUUUUCUCGACGAUGAUUUGGAUUAUUCUCCCCCAAGAGGAACACACAAUGUAGCAUCAAUGCGAUAUUUAUUAAACCCGUCACCACUUUUUUGGGGGGGAUUUAAAACAAAACAAAACAAAAAAACACUUUGUGGACCGAGAGAAAAGAGAGAGACGGGGCG